UCCGCCCGUGGAGGUAGCAAGUCGGCGGGGGGAGGGGAAGCCGUGUGGAGCCGCUGUCGAUGCGGAUUGAAGGGGGUCGGGGAGAAGUUGUAUUGUAUCACACCCCCGAGCAACGCGGAAGAAGAAGGAGUCGGAGCCGCGUCAAGGCACUUUGCACCGACAACGGAUAUACAAAGUCUGGAAGUCGCCGAGCGCUGUCCCCUGCUGGAGUUUGUGUCAGGCGCUCGGCAGAGGCGCUCAGGAAACACCGCUGCUUCGGUUGAGGCCUAGUGUGUUUUGGGACUUUGGGACGUGCGGACGCGUUCCUGGCUCCGUCCAUUGGGGCAGGCCUGGUCCUGCCAAGACGGACUUCCAGAGGAACGCUGGAAGAAAAGAUUAUCGGACCCUUGCGGCCACGGGCCUGUCUAAAGGUUUCCUCAUGACCGUGAAGAGUCUCUCGUCGCUUUGCGGCUCUCCACCCUCGGUGUGGUCAGUCGCUGCGAUUCCGACCCCGUGAUUCUCCCCGACCGUAGUGCCGGACGUCAUGAGCAUUGUAAUCCCUCUGGGAGUCACCACACCAGAUACAUCCUACUCAGACAUGGCCGCCGGAUCAGACCCUGAAUCAGUUGAAGCCAGCCCAGCAGUUACCGGAAAGAACAUCUAUGCAACUCACAAUUACCCGGGCAGCCAGAGCCACGGAUAUCGGGGUCUGCCGUAUGCAGAUCACAAUUACGGAGCUCCUCCACCACCAACACCGCCCGCAUCCCCACCUAUUCAGGCUAUAAUACCACGUGCAGAACUCAAUGGCGUUCACUCACCUGAAGACGAGGAGAAUUCUGGAGACAGCGAUACUUCUUCUGAAGGAGAUGGGAUCACCAACUGGUGCCACUGCAAUAACUCUGCAGAUGGGUUUCUAGUAAAAUGUGAGAAAUGCAGGGGUGUAAACAGAGGAAAAGUUAUUCAGCUGAAUCGUCGGAAGCAAGACAAUGUCUCGGGGGGUGAGACCAGUGCUACGGAAAGUUGGGAUGAGGAGCUUUCUCCAUCAACAGUCCUCUAUACAGCCACCCAGCACACACCAACAAGCAUCACUCUCACUGUCAACAGAGUGCGGAGAAGUAAACCAAAAAAGAGGAAGAAAAGUACAGAAAAGGCUCGUAAUACCCCCAAAACCAAAAAGAUGAAGGCUUUUCGGGAAGGUUCCCGCAAGUCUUUACGUAUGAAGACUUCACCUUCCGAUGCUCACACAUUGGAUGAAAAUACCACGGAGGGCUGGGAGAACAGGAUCAGGCUUUGGACUGACCAGUAUGAGGAGGCAUUUACUAACCAGUAUAGUGCAGACAUGCAGAACCUUUUGGAGAGGCAUGUACGCGCUAACAAAGACCUGGCUGGAAAAGUGGAGCUGCCUGAAACCAUAAAAAAGGCAGAACUGUCGUGUAACAACACCGUCGUAGGAUCUCAGAUGCAGUUUCAGCUUGGAAGGGUGGCCCGAGUGCAAAAGCAUCGUAAGAUACUCCGUGCGUCCAAGGAUUUGCCAGUAAACACUCUUGUAAUUGAAUACCGUGGCAAAGUUAUGUUACGGCAGCAGUUUGAAGUCAAUGGACACUUCUUCAAAAAACCGUACCCCUUUGUGCUUUUUUACUCCAAAUUUAACGGCUUGGAAAUGUGUGUGGAUGCACGGACUUUCGGUAAUGAUGCCAGGUUUAUCAGACGUUCCUGCACGCCCAAUGCUGAGGUCAGGCACGUGAUUGCAGACGGGAUGGUUCAUCUCUGCAUUUAUGCUAUUGCUGCUAUAGCAAAAGAUACAGAGGUCACCAUUGCCUUUGAUUAUGACUACAGUAACUGUAGUUACAAGGUAGACUGUGCGUGUCACAAAGGCAACCGUAACUGUCCCGUUCAGAAGAGGAACCCUGUUACUGGAGAACAGCCGCCUUCUACUCCCAUUCCACUGUCCAUAGGGGCAGAGACGAGGCAUCGCAAGGCUCGGCGAAGGGAGUUAGAAAAGCAGGGUUUUGUAGUAGAUGAAAGCACCAAUCACGAGAAUGAUGAAGCGGCUGAAGCUUCUGCCACAGAUGUCCAAACCGGUGACCAUGAGAUUGAAGGGGACGUUGCAACUAAAGGUGAAGAUACUAAAGAGGAGGAGGUGGGAAUAGUGUCCAGGACGAGAAGGUCAAGAGAUGACAAGAAAGCAGAGCUUCCUCUGCACACGUCUGAAGGCGUGGAUAGAAGAAGGCGACGCAAAGAACAGCCUGCAGAACAAGCUGCUGUUGAACCUGAGGCGCCUUCUGUUCCUGAAGUCCAGGCAGCAGUGGAUCCGACCGCCCCAGCAGAUGAUCCAGAGCCAGAAUCUCAAAGUCCCGUGGAUGUAGAAGCUGCACCCAAUCCUACCCAGGGUGUAAACACUCGGAGGUCUUCUCAGGCACAGGACACCAACUCAGAGAAACCUGCCCCUAAACCAGUUGCACCAAAAUCCACUAGACCUCGCCCCAAAAGCCGCAUGUCUAGGUACCGAAGUGCUUCAGCACAGCGGUUAAGAAGACAAAGGCAAGCUGUGGCUCAGCAAGUGGAGCUAGCACCCCCAGUGCCGGAGGAAGGGACUGCAAGUUCUGCCACAACAGAGCCUGGCACUACAGAAAAUCUAGGCUUAGGUGAUGCACUGCAGGGCUCAGAGUCUCCAGCAGUUAUCCAGUUGGUGACCCAGCCAACGCGUUCUGGCCUUAAAUACCAUAAAGCGAAAAAGUACCUAGUCAAUGAGUGGCUAAAUGAUAAGGUGGAGAAGCAGGACUGUCCCAUUGAUCACCCUUUGCGGAUUACUACGGAUCCAACUGUUUUGGCAACCACUCUUAACAUGCUCCCUGGACUAUCCCAUUCCCCGUCCAUCUGCACCGCUCCCAAACACUACAUACGCUUUGUGUCUCCAUAUAUGCCAGAGAGGCGAAGGAGACCUCCAAAGGCGGAUGGCACUUAUGGGUCAUGUAAAAAGCGCUGGAUUAAGCAAGCUAUGGAUGAUGACUUCUCACAACCUGAAAGCCCUGUACAGGAAAAAACCCAACCUUUAUACCAAAGCAAUGAAAACACCUCGUCUUCCAGUGAUCACACUGAUCGCAGGCAUCCCUUUAAAAAAUGGAAGAUGAAAUACAUCUUAGAAGAAAGUACAGCAAUGUUAUCAAGUCCUGUGCCGUUCCCCCCUGCACUUCCUAACUCUGUAACAACAGACUCUCUAAGUCCGAUGCAGACGACACCGAGCUCUUCCCUUCCUGGUGAAGAGGAAUCCCGAUAUGGAUAUGGACUUAUGUUCUCUCCCAUCCCUUCUCUUGCUGCUAGUCGUUGUAAUACUCCACUACAGUUUGAGAACAUCUCCUCCCCUGAAAGCUCCCCAGCGCAUAGGCCCGAGUCCCUGUCACCAGAGCCUUGCCUACGGACUGAUGCAGAUUUGCCAAAGGCCAGUUUCUUGGAUAUAUCCAUGGAGAAUUGCCAGGAGCUCCAAACCACAGUUAACACCAGUCUCGGUGAUCUCGCUUCACAGUCUCCAAGCACAUCUUUGCCAUACAGUGGCACAUCAGAAGCAAAUGUUUUAGGAAAAGGAGGGGAAGGAUCAACGCUGCUAAGAACGUCUGAACAGACUUUCCGGACGGAGUUCAAUUUAAUGUAUGCUUUCUCCCCUUUGAACGCAAUGCCUCGGGCCGAUGGCUCAUUACGUGGGUCCCCUCUUGUUGGGGAAAGAAAGCCUUCCCAAUCAGAUAUGUACUGUGGCUCUCCUGUAGAGGCCUAUUAUACUAGGUCUGUUCCUGGACUUUUGAAAGAAUCUGCACAAGGAUCUAUGUCUCCUUGUAGUGAUAGGACUUGUGAGGGGGUCAGAUCUUCACCACAAAAUCCACCUCAGAGGAAAAAGGUAUCUUUGUUAGAAUAUCGAAAGCGAAAACAAGAAGCCAAGGAAGUCAUGUCUUCUCCGGGAGGGGACAUUAUACGCUGUGCAGGGACACCAACACGCCAGAGCAGCAAUGGGUCUAUUUCUGAUACAGACCUGUCGGGUGCUCUGCAGCUUCAAGCUCCAUCUUCACCACAAAGUGGCUUCUCUUCUCCUGUUCACCCCUCCAUGCCUCAGAUUGAGGAUAUCAGCCCCACAGAAAGAACAGUCAGCGCUUCUCCCAACUGCAAGCAACCAGAGAGCAUCAGCAGCAGAUGGAUGGUUCCAACAUCGGUAGAACGACUACGCGAGGGGCAGGGAUUCCUAGAGCGAGUUUUGAGAGGUGGGGUUAAGGUGUCACAAAGAGGGGAGAUGUCGCCUUCUAGGGAGAGCAGUCUGGACAGAGAAGUCAGGUAAAAAGAUGGAGAUUCUGAGAUGCUGAACCCAGCUGUUUCUAAAGGACCAAUCGUUUACAGCCCUUCUAGAUACAAUUAUCAGUUCCUGCAGUGUGAUAGUCCUCAGUCGGAGCCGGUCAGCGUCCUCUCCCAGAAUUCAUCCCCUUUCCGUGGUCCCGCAGCUCAGCUUGGUGGAUUCAGCUAUAGGACACCACAGAGGACAGGACACAGCCACACAGAGUCCUCUGUCAUUUCUUCUUCUUUCUCAAGUCCUUCCCAUAUUACUUCCACAGACUCUCCCACUGCUCAGAGCUCUGGGUAUUACAACAGCCAGCAGCUUUAUGGAAGCAAUGCUGGAACGUGUCCGCCAAGGAAAAGCUUCCAUCACCGAGGCCCCAGCCGUGAGGCAAGUCCAGCGCGAUUGCUCAGGACAGACUCUGUUUCCUCAGACUCUCAAGCCAGCACUGGGGCUUCUACUAAUUCCUCCACCCCACAGGGGUCGAGAUCAGACUCGAGAACUAUAACCAUGUCGGGCUCCAGGAUAACAGCUGUGUCCAGUCCACAGCAUUAUUCACAACGAGGGUCUGGCGUUCAACAAUACCGGCUGCAGCAAAUGCAAGCCUCGGGAGUAAAAACUCAGACUGGCCUUUCCUAGGACUGCUAGAGAGGAAAGAACAGGAUAGCACUAUCCCUAAGCCAUUCCUGGACCUACAGAUGGCUCAGACCCGCACCUGAUGGACCUGGUGUGCCGGUCUAGGACUGAGACAGGUGGAGGCUAAAUUUGCUGAUCACAUCGGCUCCCCUCACUCUACACACUCAUGUUGCAAGAAAACAGACAGACGUCUUGGGAAAUCCACAAAACAACGAUUAAAAAAAAAGUUGUGUAGACCUAUUAAUCAAUACAAUUACUCGGUUUCUCUCUCUGUAUCAACAGAAACCACCUGUAGUCACUUGUGCAGUAAGGACAACGUUUAUAUGAUUUAAAUAUAAAAAAAAUAAUAAAUGGUUAAAAUUUAAGCUGAAUUAUAAGGACAGGGAGAAGGGGGCUUAAAGAAGCGCCUAAAAAUUGUAGCAUCAGGUUAUAACAAUAAUUUUUUUUAGGGGAAGGGGGAUAAGCAGGGAAGGGGCUACUGUGUUCAUAUCCUCCUUACGUCUGCAGAUCUGUCCUUCCAUUCCUGUUUUGGCGCCACCACUACUGAUUGGAAUGACAUCUGUGACUAGUAUCAGAGAGUUUCUGAAGUGAGGUUAUGGAUCCAGUUCUAUUUUUCACUUUUUUUCUUUUUUUUAGGAAGGGAGAAGUGUAACCUCUUGACAAAUCAGCAUGGUUGUAGAACAAGAGUACCUUAACCUGCGUCUCUCCUCCCAAAGCAAAACUACAACUCCCACCAUGCUCUGGCAGCCACAGAAUGUAGUUUUGCUACAGCUGGAGAGCCGCAGCUUAAAGGGCAUUGCUGUAGUCACUGUUGAAAAUCGUGUACCAAUUGGUAAGCUUGGAAAAUAGAAAUGUUAAAAUCCAGAAAAAUGCAUGAAAUUGGCGGUAACCCACUGCUCGGUAUGAUCUGGCUUCCAUGUUUUAUUGUAGGCAUUCCAGUGCUAGCACCAGUCGUUCCGUGUCAUAUUUUUUGUGUGUGUGUGUGUGUACACCAGUGAUUCUACAGAAUUGAGUUUCUACAUUUUGAUAUUUAUUUUAAUAUCGAGUACUGGAUGGGCCAGUGACCAUAACUGCUGUAAAUAUAGAGCAGACCCGUCGCAAGUGAAUCCAAGGCGGUGCUACAUCUGUUACUGCGCAGCCUGGCCGGUAGACAGAUGGAUGUGUGUGUGUGUAUAUAUAUAUAUAUAUGUAUAUAUAUGUGUGUGUGUGUGUGUGUAUAUAUAUAUAUAUAUAUAUAUAUAUAUAUAUAUACACACACACAUAUAUACACACACACAUAUAUACACACACACGCUUGGUUAUCUUGUAACAACUGUACACAGAAUUUUCAUGUUCCAGGUAAAUGCUGCAUUGUACUAUGCUGUAUAGUAAUUGACACCAUAAUGGUAUCUAUAUUUUUGUAUGGAAAAAAAGAAAAAAGUUUUUGUUUUAUUGCAUCAAAAUAUUCUCUAUUGUACAUGUCGAAAGCAGGGCGUCCCGCGGCGUAACGUCUGGAGGCCUGUUAAAGUCCAUGGUUGAAUAUUUGCAUUGACUGCUAGGUAUGGUCACCUGUAAUCAAGUGUAGGCAUUUUUGGCUGGGCAGAUAUUUGAUCUGUUACUCUAACCAAAUGCAAAUGGUUUUCUAUGUAUCGCAGCUUACAUAGACCUAUAUUGUGAGUAAUAGGGAGAUGCAUGGAGGGUUACUUACCAUGUCUCCAUGGUACUUUGACCCGUGUAAACCCAAGCUCAGCGAACAGUGAAGAAUAUUGUGGUUUCUUUUUAAAUCUUGUCAAUAUGGAGCUGACAGUAUCCACUGACAUUCAGCAUCUAAGGUUAGGUUCGCCCUGACCAUGUGUGCGUACUGUCAGCUUCAAGGAAUCUCUUGCACUGUGAGUUGAGCUUUGCACUUGAAAAUUUGUCAAAGACAUCUGACAACGUUUUCAAUAGAGAACCAGAGACCUCAGUCUUUUGCCCUAUUGGGAGCCAUGACAGGAAUCUGAGUAGCAAUGAAGGGGUUCAGAUUCUACGGGAGACCUGCGCCCCUUCAUUUUAAGGGUUCAAGUGAAUUUCGUGAAAUGCUAGUGAAAAAUAUUUAGGCGGAAAAAAAAAAUCAUAAAGGGGCUUCCUUAAAAAGUGCAAGACCCUCUGAUCUUCUAGCUACCUCCCCCAGUCAUGUACACAAAAGUAAACCACUUGAAUCGUGUCAAUCUGCAAAUAUUCAAGCGUCUGUCACAAAAAAAGGCCUCCAAAAUCCAAGAAACAUUGGAAAUCCCGUAAUCCAUGUUUUAUUUUGCUGCUUCUGUCUGUUCCCCCGACUGUAAAGUCAGACACUUAUUAUUAUUUUUUUCUCCAUAGAUUUAUUUUUUUAUUGCUUUCGGGGAGAUAAAAGCUUAAGUUAUACCAAAAAGUCAACGCCCCAUCCCCAUCCGGGUCAUUAACCCCCAUUUACUUUUUAACACCGGGCAGAUGCUUUUACGUUUUAUAUUCAGUUCUGAGCAUUGUGUGCUAUCUAGAAAACCCGGAUGUUCUAAUCUUCGGUGCUACAUCGACUCCUUGUCACGCAAGAUAAUACUGUGAGUCUCUCCCUUCUCCGACUACCCCCUCCUCCAUUCUUUUCUCUCUCUCCAGGUCUCCAAACAGCAGUUGUGCUAUCAUCUUUAUUAUUCCGGUUUCGUUUGGUGACUGUUACAAAGUAUCGCCCAUUGGAUUAAAAAUCAUGUGUCCUUUCCAAUAGCAAGAAGAAAUUUCUAUGAAAAAAUGUAAGCAAAAAUAAGGAAAUAAGUUUAUAUAUCCCCCCCCCCCCCCCCCCCCAAUAUUUUUUUAAACUGCCUGAUUUCUUUCCAGGUUUGUACAACUGUGAGACUGGUUAGGGAUGGAAAUCACGUCACCCUUUUUUUUGGGGUCUUGUAUACUGUAUAUUAUGUGUGUAUAAACAUCACAGGGUCUGUAUCGCAAGCCUCCACUUUCUGCCGGGUCUCGCGACGCGCGGCCAAAUGCCUCAAUAAUGGCUGACAUGGGGUUUUGUUUUUUUUCCGCAUUUGGCAGCACAUUUAUAAAGAUCGGUCCGUGGGGCGAGGUCACAGAAAGGAGCCGACCGCUGUCAUCACUCACGUGGAGUUUUUACACAAUGAUGUAACAUUUGAUCUUUCAGAAGAGAUGUAAUAAUUUUGAUAAUAAAAUACUUACCUUAA